AUGUUUAUUGCUAUAAUUGGUUUGCGUUUUUCGGGCAAGUCCACUGUCGAAAAUUACCUAGCCACCAAAGACUUUACGUCUGUCCACUUACACGACAAGGAUGUAGAGGCAGCCCUGUUGCUGGAUCACGUCACACAGCAUUGGCGCUCAAAUUUUGUUACGACUGACCUCGACUCAGACAGACUAGUGAACUACUUCAUCAGGCGCCCGUUCUUCAUGCUAAUUAGCAUAGAUGCACCCAUCUUGCAACGUUAUCACCGGUUUUCACUGCUCCGCCGCGCAAGUCCACAGGUCAAACUCAAAAUCGUCAAUUCCUUCGAUUCCAUCACAGAACUCUAUCAUCACCUGGAUUCUUUAGAUAUUACGAAUACCAAUCGACUUAGACCUCAAUGGGAUACCUAUUUCAUGACGCUCGCAGAUCUUGCUUCGCAACGUUCCAACUGUAUGAAACGCCGCGUGGGCGCCAUACUUGUCCGUGAAAACCGCAUCGUUUCCACAGGAUAUAACGGUACUCCUCGUGGUGUCAAAAACUGCAAUGACGGUAGGGGAUGCGGACAUUGCAAUCGCACAUCGGCGACUAAUGGUACCGAAUGUCUUUGCCUACAUGCCGAAGAAAAUGCGCUUUUGGAAGCAGGAAGAGAUCGGGUAGGCGCGAAUGCCACUAUGUAUUGCAAUACAUGUCCGUGUUUGAAAUGUACCAUCAAGAUCAUCCAGAGCGGUGUUAAAAGAGUGGUCUACAAUUUGAGCUAUAAGGUAGAUGACGCUUCUGCACGAUUGUUCCAGGAAGCUGGGGUAGACAUCUUCCGACACGUUCCACCCCCUGAAUCAUAA